AUGGCCGACGACAAGCAUCACCCCGAGACGGGUAUUCAGUCAGAGACAGCUCACCCGUCUGUUGAAAUGGGGACCAAGAAGGACAAUGAUAUCUCUCACAUGGAGCGUGUCAUGUCUCCAGACGACGACUUGAAAAAGGAUCACAUGGAUAAGUCACGAGUGGACAAGGAAGUUCAAAUGUACUCCACUUCGAGGGUUGUGGUUAGCGAGGAAGAUAGCAAGCGACUCAAGAAGUUAAUCGAUCGCCGCAUCUUGGUCAUUAUGAUCCUUACAUAUUUCCUUCAAGCCCUCGACAAGGGUACCAUGAGUUUUGCCUCCAUCAUGGGAAUCAAAACCGACGCUCAUCUUGAGGACGGACAGAAGUAUUCCUGGCUCACUACCUGUAUUUACAUCGCUGUUCUGGUGGUUGAGUACCCUACCAACUGGAUCAUCCAGCGUGUGCCCAUCGCCAAAUACCUCGGCUUCAACAUUUGCUGCUGGGGUACAGUACUAGCCCUCCAUUCGGUAUGCAAAAACUUCACUGGCUUGGUGAUAUGCCGUACGUUGCUCGGUAUCUUCGAAGCAUGCUGUCAGCCUACUUUUGUGUUGCUAUCGUCCAUGUGGUACAAGCGCGAGGAACAGGCUGCCACGGUGACCUAUUGGUAUAUGAUGAACGGCGCCCAACAGAUUGUCGGCGGCCUUUUGGCCUAUUGCUUCACCUUGAUUGGACAUGACAAAGUUCUCAAGUCCUGGCAAGCUCUUUUUCUCUCCUACGGCUGUCUGUCUGUUCUAUGGGGCGCGUUCGUCAUGUGGUACAUGCCGGAUUCGCCCAUGCGAGCCAAAUGUUUCACCGAGGACGACAAGCAUAAGAUGGUCGAGCGUCUUCGCUCCAACCAGACCGGUAUCCAAAACCGACAAUUUCGGGUAUAUCAGGUGUGGGAAGCACUACGGGACCCUCAGACUUGGUGCUACUGUUGUAUUCAGGUGUUCACCACUCUUCCAACCAGUGGCUUGGGGGCCUUUGCGGGAAUCAUCAUGAAGGGAUUCAACUUUACCACCCUACAAAGUCAACUUCUCGCCAUGGUGCUGGGGUUCUAUAUUAUUAUCAUUCUGCUCAGUUCAGCCUGGCUUGUGAAGAAGUGGAACCAAAACUUGUUGGUAAUGUUGGGCUUUAUUGUCCCAUCAUACAUUGGUACAAUCGUCCUCAUGACGGUUGAGAAUACCACCCUUGCAACCAAAGUCGGGCUUCUGAUUGCCUACUAUAUCACACUGUCAUUCUGGUCAGCCCAGACCCUUUGUCUAUCAAUGGUGUCCCGCAACAUCGCCGGUCAAACCAAGAAGGCCACCAUCGUCGCCAUGACCUUUAUAUCCUGGUCCGCAGGAAAUGCCAUUGGCCCCCAGGUAUUCCUUGACUGGGACGCUCCACGAUACCACAUCGCCUGGAGUGUCCACUUGGCGUGCUACGCAUGCUUGACCGUUGCCGUAAUAUUUCUGCGCUUCUAUCUCAUGCGUCAAAAUAAACGCAAAGACGAAUUUCUUGCUGCUGCAGAUGUGAACUCUGCAGAUCCGAAUCUGGAGCACGCCUUUGAGGACAAGACUGAUCAGGAGAAUUUGAACUUCAGAUAUGUCUACUAA